CCAGAAAAUCCACUUAAUAUAUACACCCCCUCGAUCCGCCUCCUUUCCUCUCCUCCGCCAACUCCCGCCUCCCUCCUAUUUUCUCUGUAAUUUAUCCAGCCAUGAACUCCUCAGAUUCUCUCAAAUCCACCCCUCUGAAAUCCAAAAAACUUCUCAACCUAACCUCUAACUCACCCGUUUCCAUAACCCCAGAAAAGUCCGCCUCCCAGCUCCGCAACCGUUCUCGUAACCGUGGCGUCGCUCUCUCCAUCAAGGAGAUCCGGCAAGUGGUCCAGACCCGGCCCAAACCUCCAACCGAUCAGGUCAAAUCGGCCCGGAAACAGAUCUUAUCCUGGGCCAUCGAAUCUCCUCCACCCAAAACCUCCGGUGUCCGUCACGAUAAACUCCCUGAAAAUUACGAGAUAUUGUGUGGGUUUUUCGAUGGCUUGGAUUCUGCAAUCCGGCUGCUAAAGCUGAAGGGGUCAAUGCCAACUUUUACUAAUAUCAGCCCCAAAAUAGAGUGUUUAACUGAUAGGAGGUUUUCAUACGGUCACUUGGCCCAAUUGAAGCAUAUUUUACCGGAGGCGAUUGAGAUAAAGAGAAUGCUGAUCUUUGAUGAGAGGACUAGUUGUAUGAAACCAGAUCUCCACGUUAGCAUCAUCGCCAAUGCGAUUGACUGUGGGGAUAAGUCUAAAUCUGAGACGAAUCUGAACUUGAGGAGGGUUUUUCGAGCUCGGCUUGCAGACUAUCUCAAGGCUCAUCCUCAGGGUGGUGAAAUUCCAGAAGAAGAUCUCCCAGAGCCAUUCAAUCGUUCAAAGAAGAAUAUGCAAUUGAACAUGAUCAAAGGACCUAUUUCAUUGUCUUCUGAUGAGUCAUCAACUGAUACACUGACAGUGCAUCAAUUCUUGACAGCACAAGGUGAAGUUAUUCAAGAGGAAGCACGACCAAAACCAUCCUAUCACUCAAAUUUCAAUUCAAAACUGGUUGUGGAGACAUUAGCUGAUGCAAUUAAUGACCAGCAACCUGUGGUAGCAUCUCAUGUAUCUCGAUCAUUUCGGAAGUGCUUUUCCCAGAAAGCCAUAAACAAAGCACAGGAGGUUGUCCAAAAAUGUUCACAGGUUUCCGUUCAGUCCUCAAAUUUUCAAGUUCCAGAGCUAUGUGCUGACAGAUCUGUCAACAGUGACAAAACUGGCUCUGCUCUGACUCGAUCCCCAACUAAAUUUUUAUCUAAACCAACUGCAAGUGAGACAAGGUCCAAAACUUGCCUCCCUGCAACUCCAAUCAAAGAGGUAAUUCCCUUGAAAACUGAAGAUAAGUCCCCUACAAAAUCUGGCAGUAUUCAGUCCACUCCUGUAAAACUAGCUUCCACUCCUGCUAGGCUGAUGACCGCCACACCUACUCUACAGCUGCAAAAGAGAUGUUACAUGAGCCCAGAUGAGGUUUCUUCCAAUUUAUCAAACAAGUUAGUUAGGCGGCCACCGCGUACAAGGUCCUUGAAAUUUGACACUCCUGUGAAGGAAGAGAAGGUUGUUGAUGGCGUGUCUGAGAUGGGAGGCAAGCCAGUCGACGAUGAAGAAGAUGAUGUUCUUUCUAUUCUACCUGAGAGCCUUCUGCAUUCAAUAAGGGAGAAAGAGAGGAAAGCAAUGGAGGAGCAAGAUCCAGCAAUCUCACAAGCAAAGAGACGACAACGGAUGAUUGCCUGCCUACCUAAGCUCUUCAACAUUAUUCACUAUCUUUUCCAGUCUGUAAAGCGCUCUGUUAUUACCAAAGAAGAGCUUAUGCACAAAAUAAUUGCUGGCCAUUGUGAUAUUGCUGAUAGAGGAGAAGUUGAAGAGCAACUAAAACUGUUGCUAGAACUAGCUCCAGAAUGGAUAUUUGAAAAGACAGCAUCUGCUGGGGAUUUACUUGUUUGCGUCAAUAAAGUGUCAAGCCCAGAAUCAAUACGAAUGCGACUCCAAGAAGCGAAAUGAGUGGAGAAUCAGUGCUCAGUUCAUUAAAUUAUAUAAGAAAUCAUAUUGUCAGCCGGAGUUCAAGUAUCUGUCUACGUUCAGCUUUUGUAAAGUGUUUGUACAAGUUUGAUGUAUGUAGGACCAUAUUUAGGUAUAAGAUUUAGGAAUGGUAAGAUGAAAGCUUCUAUUGAGUUUGAUCCACCGUGUCAAUACAAGUGUUUUCCUUGACUAAUAUGUGACUUCACAAUCUGCAAAAUAUUUGAGAUGAUUUAAGGAGUUCUCCAGAUCAACAAUUAGAGGCAAACAUUAAUGUACUUGUGGCUGUGGAGGCCGUCAAAAACAAAUCAAGUUCUUUUGCUGUUGCAUGCCUUCUUCUUUUUCUUGUGAAUAAAAUUGGACACAUCUCUUGGUCAAUCUCACAGAAUGUGAAGCACUUUGAUAUUUAGUUUAGGGUGUGUUUGGUAGAAUGAAAAAGUAGAAAGA